AUUUCGCAUUUUUUGCAACAAGCCAGCAAAAAUAAAGUAGCAGAUAACAAAAGAAGCGCGCUGCAAUAACAAAAUAAACAUGUAUAUAUGAGAGCACCAUAAGCCGGAGUAGACAUUCGUCACCAAUAGCAAAUUUCAGGCCAACAGCAUAACAAACAAUACGCUGCAGCAAUGGGACUCGAUUUUGAUGCCGUGGAGUACUGCAAGAGCGUGAAAAUAAAACAGUCCCAGCCGCCAUACGCAUGUCCGGUGCGCGGAUGUGAUCGCAGCUACAAGACCAUUGUCGGACUGCAGUAUCACCUGGUAAAAUACGAUCACGACAACCCACAGCCCUUGACACCUGUGCUGACGCCAAGUCGAAAAAAGGCGCGAUCUCGAGCGCACCAUUCAACGCCUAAAGACAAUGGCAGUGGCGGCGAUGGCUCCAGCACGGGUGGUGGUGACGCCAAGAACGGCUGUGCCGGGAGCAGCGGAAGUGCACGACAGCAACAAUAUUCGAAUCCGGAGUCUCUGGUGUCAUACAACGAGGAGGAGGAAAUGGUUACAUUUAACAUCGACGGCAAAAGCGUUCGUAUAGGAAUAGAUGAGCCGUUGCCGUUAAUUGACGACGAGGAGUUCGCUUCGCUGGUGGAGCGAGGGUGCAUACUGAAUGCAGACGCACCACCUUUAGAGGAGAAUGCGCCGUGGGCGCGUGUACAGGUGCCGGAGGCGAAUGUGCGCGAAAUUGAAGACUACAAUGUGCCUGAUGCGCCACCUAGGCCGCUAGCCUACUAUCGCUUCAUUGAGAAAUCAGCAGAAGAGCUGGACGGCGAAAUUGAAUACGAUGUGGAUGAAGAGGACAGCGCCUGGCUAGAACAUAUGAACGAGCAGCGUGAAAAGUCUGGCCUGCACACUGUGAGCAUCGAUACCAUGGAAAUGCUAAUGGAUCGGCUUGAGAAGGAGUCACACUUUCAAGCAGCGGCAAACGGUACGCCCACAGGCGUCGAGGUGGAUGAUGAUGCAGUGUGCUGCAUUUGCCUAGACGGUGAGUGCCAAAACACGAACGUGAUACUCUUUUGCGACAUGUGCAACCUGGCCGUACAUCAAGACUGCUACGGUGUGCCCUACAUUCCGGAGGGUCAGUGGCUUUGUCGUCGUUGCCUGCAAUCACCCAGCAAGCCAGUCAAUUGUGUGCUCUGUCCAAAUGCCGGUGGCGCUUUCAAGCAGACGGAUCAUGGCCAGUGGGCGCAUGUGGUGUGUGCGCUGUGGAUACCGGAGGUGCGCUUUGCGAAUACUGUGUUCUUGGAGCCAAUUGAUUCUAUUGAAACCAUACCACCGGCACGCUGGCGUCUUACCUGCUACGUGUGCAAAGAGAAAGGCCUGGGGGCCUGCAUACAGUGCCACCGAAAUAGUUGCUACGCUGCCUUCCAUGUGACAUGUGCCCAGCAGGCGGGGCUCUACAUGACGAUGGACACGGUGAAGGACGGGCACAACGAUUCGUCGAUGCAUGUGCAGAAAUUUGCCUAUUGUCAUGCACACACGCCGGCAGAUGCUAAGCUAAAGACCAAUGUGCCGGAUUUCGAGGAUACGCGUCACAAGAUGCGCGAGGCGCGAAAGGCUCUGGCGAAAAAGCGGUCCACGGCGCCGGUAGUGCUCAUUCCGACGAUACCACCGGAGCGGGUGCACGAGAUCGCCAGCAUGGUGAACAUGCAAAAGAAGAAAGAGUUUCUUGAUCGCAUCAUUGCUUAUUGGACGCUCAAGAGGCAUUAUCGCAAUGGCGUGCCGCUGCUGCGACGUCUGCAAAGUCAGGGUAACAACCACGGCGUUAUUCAGCGCAAUGGCAUUGAGGGCUCUCCGGACACGAAGGAACUGUAUCGACAGCUCAAAUAUUGGCAGUGCCUACGUCAGGAUCUGGAACGAGCACGUCUGCUUUGCGAGCUGGUCCGCAAGCGUGAGAAGCUGAAAGUUGCCUUUGUAAAAAUAUCCGAGGAGGUCGUCAUGCUGCAGCUGAAUCCACUGGAGUUGGCAUUUAGCAAGCUGCUUGAUGCGCUUGAAUCGCGCGAUACACUAGAGAUUUUCCGUGAACCCGUCGACAUUACCGAAGUGCCCGAUUACAUGGACAUUGUUAAACAACCCAUGGAUCUGGGUACAAUGCGCCAUAAGCUCAAGGAGUACAAGUAUACGAUGCUUGAACAAGUUGAGGCUGAUUUCGAUCUAAUGAUACAAAACUGCUUGGCUUACAACAACAAGGAUACGGUUUUUUAUCGUGCUGGCAUACGGAUGCGAGAUCAGGCAGCGCCGCUGUUUGUCCAACUGCGCAAGGAGCUGCAACGUGAUGGGCUCUUGGAUCGCACGAAUCGCUCGCAAGUGGAUCACGUCGAAGCAGAGGUGGAGGAGGAGUUGCGUCAACUAUUAGCGCUGGCACCAAGCGAUGGUGUAGUGCAAAAAUUACUCAUAUUGGCGGACAAGUCACAGGUGCUUAAAAAUCCCAGCUAUCGCACUAAGAAAAUCAAACAGAUACGAGUAGAGACAAACCGCAUUCGCAAGGCUCUGCAAAAAGCACGAUAUCUGGCGCGGCACUCAGCACGGAAUUCGCAAAGUGACGAGGAUGGUGAACAUGGCGUAACGUCAUCUAAAAAGCGCACUCGUAUACGUCGCUCAACGAAUGCGAUGGAAGUGGAUGAAGAUGACGAUGUGGAGGAUGUGGAGGAGCAUGAUGAUGAUUCGGAAGAUGAUUCAAUGGGUGAUGACGGCGCCUCGAAAGACACAACAAAUACAGUACAAACACCGCCUUGUAGUCCCAUCAAGAGCCUGAACAAUAGCACCUCGCCAGUGGGUAUUAAUAGAAGAACGGCCAUUUUAUUGACGCGCAAAUCACAGGCAGCCUUAAAACGUCCAUCGGAAGCACAGACGACUCCCGUUAAGGAGGAGCAGCACAAUUCCCAGUCAUCAAGCAUGCAAUCCACAGGCACCUCAUCAUCGACGGCCGCAACGGCAGCAACCAGUACGCUUAAUGCUCAAACACUCAACCCCGCGGCGCCGACCACCUCGAAUUUUGCGUUAACGCACAACAACAACAGUACAGGUGCCGCUGCAGUGGCCAAUGCAGCAACAGCUGUAGUCUCCGCCAGCUUAACCUCAUCUGCACUCUCAAUAAGUAACAAGCUGGGCCUGACAGCGCUCUCACAUACUGCGAAUUCGGUGAACUCGUCAACGGCCGCCAAGUCGCCCAAACGCAAUGCGCGUUACAAGCGUUUGCCCGAGCUACGGAAUAGCGCUUCGAUGUCACCAAAGAAAUCACCAAAUGCUGUACCUGCGGUGCCAUCAGAGUCGCUGCCUUUCGAGCGCAUACCGGAUAGUUUCCGAGUAUAUCGGGCCAAUAAUCAGCGCGAUGUUAGCGACAGCGACGAUGGACCCUCGCAGUCAAGCAGCCCGUGCAGCAGCUGUUCCGACUUUAGCUUAACGGGCAGUUGCUCGGACUUUGACAGCGACGAGGCAAGCGAUGGCGAUGUUCACAGCGAGGACGGGGACACGGAUGAGCAUGAUAGUGAUGGCAGUACAGCUGCUACAAAAGGUGUCAGAGAUCUUCGAGCGAUUCGUGACGGCUCACAGGAUUGCACAACAGAUGCCAUGGAUCAGCAUCAUGCCAGCAUGAACAAUGCAGACGGAAAUGGAGAUAUGGCCGUUAGCAGUAGUGGUAGUAGCUCAGAAAGUGAUAAUACGCAGGAAGGAGGAGCCAUCGCAUCCAAAAAACGCGUGACACGCAGCACCCCAACGCUGCAAGCGGACAAGCGUCUGCCUCUACCGGCGGGGCGUGGCAAAGGAAAAAGGCGUAGCAAUUUCAGCGAAUCCACAACAUCAACAGCAACGCCACCGCCACAAACACGCGGUAUGAACAAGUCCACAAAGCUUCGACCCGCAACGCCAAAUGCGUCGACGCCACUGGUGAACAACAUCAAGUCAAGACGAAGUACAGUGAGCUGCACGAACAACAACAAGAGCAAAAAGUCAAGCGACGAAUUGGAGGAGUCCGUUGGUUCGCGAAGAAAGCAGCAUAAUAACACUGUUCAAAAACCGGCGCUGGAGCCUCUGCAGCUUGUGUGGGCGAAGUGUCGUGGUUACCCAUGGUAUCCAGCGCUCAUACUGGAUCCAAAGACGCCCAAGGGGUUUGUUUAUAAUGGUGUGCCACUGCCAGCGCCGCCAGCGGAUGUGUUGGCUCUGCGCAAAAACUGCCUAGACGACAUAGUUUUUCUGGUCCUUUUCUUUGAUGUGAAGCGCACUUGGCAAUGGCUGCCUGCCAACAAGCUGGACAUUCUGGGCAUUGACAAGCAGGUGGACCAGCAAAAGCUUGUGGAAUCGCGUAAGCCCGCUGAGCGCAAGGCGGUGAAGAAGGCCUACCAGGACGCGCUGCACUAUCAAAGUCAGGUAUCAGAUCUGGAAGGGCAGGGGCCCGAUCCGAUCAUGUGAAAGCUGUUUUCCCAAAUGCAUUUGUAAAUCGAAUGCGAUUGCACCAGUGAUAAGUGCAGAUUAGGAGGAUGUUGACUUCAGCGUAUUUCAAUAUUAUUUAACAUUCUUCGCAAAUGUUUUGUAAUUUCAACAUUUUAUUUAGGUCCUUACGAUUUUGUUUUUAUAUAAUUUAGAAAAAACAUCAACAUUUCAACAUCCCGCUCGCCUUGUGUUUGCAGAAAUGA